AUGAACAGCCUGGAAGAAAUCUCACUUCUUGUUUCCCGUUGUACCGAAUGCGACCUUCACCAAGGUCGGACUAACGCUGUGCCAGGUGAGGGUGCAGCCAACGCCGAGUUAAUGUUCAUCGGUGAAGGGCCCGGUGCUCAGGAAGAUCGACAAGGUCGACCUUUCGUGGGACCUGCCGGGCAGUUUCUUGAAGAGCUUCUCGCCUCCAUCGGUCUUCGCCGGCAGCAGGUGUACAUCGCAAAUAUGGUAAAGUGCCGGCCGCCCCAGAACAGGGACCCGCUUCCAGCCGAAAUUUCGACUUGCAGCAAGUAUCUUAACCGGCAAAUAGAGCUAAUCGACCCCAAGUUGAUCGUAACGCUCGGCCGUUUUUCAUUGGCCCGCUUUUUCCCGGGUGAAAGUAUCAGCAGAGCUAGAGGCAGGGUUCGAGAAAGGGACGGCAGACGUAUUUACCCGAUAAUGCACCCCGCCGCAGCGUUAUAUCGGCGGGAGAUGCGUAGUUCUAUCAUUGAGGACUUUAGUCGAAUACCUGACAUCCUGGCACAAGCCGGGGAGCGGCCUGCGCCGCUCGAGGAGUCGGGUGAAGUCCAGACCCCACCGCCAGAACAAUUGUCGUUGUUUUAG